AUGCAUUCUCCAGGGCCCUUCGGCGGCAGCCCCGGGAUUCGGGAUUCGCUCCGGUGGUGGCCGGACUGCGGAUCCGGAGCAGGGCUCUCGCCGUCGCUCGCCAUCCACGUCUACACACAGCGGGAGAUCUACGGCACCGUGGGCUCCCACGUCACCCUCUCCUGCAGCUUCUGGUCCAGCGAAUGGAUCUCCGAGGACAUCUCCAUCACGUGGCAUUUCCAAGCCGAGGGCUCCCGGGACAGCAUCUCCAUUUUUCACUAUGCCAAGGGGCAGCCCUACAUCGAUGACGUGGGCACCUUCAAGGAGCGCAUGGAGUGGGUGGGCAACCCGCACCGCAAGGACGGCUCCAUCGUCAUCCACAACCUGGACUACACGGACAACGGCACCUUCACGUGCGACGUCAAGAACCCCCCCGACAUCGUGGGCAAGUCCUCGCAGGUCACGCUCUACGUCUUCGAGAAAGUGCCCACGCGCUACGGCGUCGUCCUCGGCUCCAUCAUCGGGGGAGCUUUGCUGCUCGUGCUCGUGGUGGUGGCCCUGGUCUAUCUCAUCCGUUACUGCUGGCUCCGGAGGCAGGCGGCCCUGCAAAGACGGCUGAGCGCCAUGGAGAAAGGGAAGCUGCAGAGAUCGGCCAAGGACGCGUCCAAGCGCAGCCGCCAGGCGCCCGUCCUCUACGCCAUGCUGGACCACAGCCGGAGCACCAAGGCGGCGAGCGAGAAAAAGGCCAAGGGAGUCCCGGGCGAUUCCCGCAAGGAGAAGAAAUAGCGGUUAGCGGGCAGGGAAGGGGAGCGCGGCGGCGGGCGCUGAAUCCCCCCGCCCCCCGAAGGUCGUCAUGACCAUCGAGAGGGAGCUGAAGGGGGAGGCCGCCGAGGCCGCCGGCCUCCCGCCCGCCACCAAGUCCCCGAGCAAGACGAGCCUCAAAAGCGCCUUGAGGAACAUGAUCAAGAUGGACUCGGAGAAGUGACGCCCCCCUCGGCGGC